AUGCCGGUUAGGGUGUGUCAAGAUGACUCUGAUUACCAAGCUGCAAUGGCGGAAGCCGGAGCGAAGCCGGUCGUAGUGGAUUUCUCUGCAGAAUGGUGCGGACCAUGCAAAAUGAUUGCUCCAGUUUUUGAAAACCUCUCCAACAAAUUUAUGAAUAUGGUAUUUUUGAAGGUCGAUGUGGAUAAAUGUGAAGAAACAGCAGCACAAAACGGCGUUUCGGCGAUGCCAACCUUCAUCGUGUUCCUUAAUGGGGCAAAAGUGGACACACUUCGAGGUGCGAACACAUCUGGUCUCGAGGCGAUGGUUCAAAAAUGGGCUGACACGCAGCCAGCAGGAGAUGUACCUGGGCAAUCGGAUAUUACGAGUUUGAUCGACAAAAGACAAAUGGAGUGCCUGAAUGGGGACGAUAGCACACCGUUAUCCGGCUUGCUCGAAGGGACAAAUGUGCUAAGGUCGGACUGCGACGAGCAGCUCAUAAUAUCUCUUCCAUUCAAUCAACCUGUGAAAGUUCAUUCCAUUAUGAUUAAGGGUACGGAUGGAAAGACACCGAAAAACGUUCGAGUCUUUUCGAACCUUCCUAAAACUCUGGACUUUGAUGGCGCCAGUUCAGUUGAAGCGGUCCAAGUACUGGAGUUCAGUGAAAAGGCACAAAGUGAGCCUGAGUUGCUGCAGUUGAAGUACGUGAAGUUCCAGAAUGUCAACAACAUUCAACUUUUCGUUGAGAAUAACCUUGGCGGUGGUGACGUUCGUUAG